UUCUAUGUUCUUACCUUCAAGCUAGUGAGGGAAAUGAAGGACGCAGUGUCCUCGUCAACUCUACUCCCUUCCUUCCUCGACCGGAGCCCUCUGCCAUUCCCGCCUCCGAUCCGCCAGCAACCAUGCCGGGAGAUCAUGAUUCCGAUCACGAUCACCGCCACCAUCAACAGAAUCGCCCGAAUCGCCUCUCAGUUCCGGCCAGACCCACCGUUUCUUUCACUCCUCCGGCCACCGCCGGCGUCACAUCUCGAGCCUACCCUUCAUCUUCUCCAUACGCCUACGCAUCCACCCCAACUCCGACCCCGUCGAAGCAACGCCUCUCUUCCGCUUCAUUCUCCUUCAAAUCUUCUUCUUCCUCCUCCUCCAAGUCGUCAAUUUCAUUUCUAUUCCUUUUCCUCUUCUCCCUCCGCUCCCUCUACUCUCUCCUCCCAUUCCUCCGCUCAUCUCCUUCCUUCUCCCUCUUCCCUUUCUCCUUCCUCGUCUCCCUCCUAUCUUUCCUCCUUUCCCUCUCGUUCUCUCUCUUCUCUGCCAAAACACCUCUCGCUCGCCUCAGAAACCCCAACAGCAGCUUCAAAUCCAAUCGAACCCCUGUAUUCUCCCUCUCCACCCUCUCCCCAUCCCAGCAUAAGCUCCUCUUCGUCAAAUCGAUUGUCCUCGCCGUUGUCUUUCUUCUCAGGUUCCAGGCUCUCAGGUACUGUGGGACUGCGGCCAUGAUUCUCGCUGAAUUGUGCGGCAACAUUGUGGCCCGUGUUCUUUCUCUGGGGAAAAGGCAUAAAAUUGGUGCGGCAACUCUGGAUGGGAAUGGUAAAAAGCUUGCUGGGUUUUUGGCUCUCUUUGUUGGCUUGUUCUUGUUGGCUAUGAGUUGGGAUCGUAGUGAAUGCUUCCCUUUUUCGGCUUCCUAUGUGGGUAAAUAUGGGUGGUCGUUGAUUCCUAGAGAGAAUUGCAUUAGAAUUUGGCUGAUGCUGCUUCCAUUUAUGUCUGGGUUUUUGGGGUCUUACGAGCGUGUUUCGAUGAAUUGGAUAGCAAUCAGGCAGCUGGGACAAGCUCGAGUUAGAUUGGUGUCAUUGUUUUAUACCACCCUUCUGCUAUUCAUUCCUGCCCUUGUGAGCUUUGCCGUGCUUGAAGCUGGUGAUCAUGGUGUUUCAUUUGGGAGCUUAGGAUGGCCGUUGGCUAACACGGUUGUUUUUGGAGUACUACUGAGUGAGAGUUACGCUGAUGAGAAGCUGGUAACUUCUAAAGAUUUCCAGAAGGAUUUUUCAGUAACAUUUGUUUGCACAAUUGUCUUGGAGCUGUUCUACUUUCCCGAGCUUUCACUUUGGGGGCUACUGAUAUGUGGGUUGCUGCUGUAUAUCGGGGUUAGAAGGCUGGAUCAUGUUAAUUCGGAUCAUCUCGAGUUGGGGAUGCAAUCUUCCGAGUCAUAUCGUAAUUUGGUUACCAAUCCGUUACGCCAUAUUUUGAGUGAGAGGAAAUCUAGGAAGAUUGCACUCUUCCUUUUGAUCAAUGCUGCCUAUAUGGUUGUUGAAUUUGUUGCUGGAUUCAUGAGCAAUAGUCUUGGACUUAUAUCAGAUGCUUGCCACAUGUUGUUCGAUUGUGCUGCUUUGGCUAUCGGUCUUUAUGCCUCUUAUAUUGCAAGACUACCCGCAAAUGAGCAGUAUAACUAUGGCCGUGGAAGAUUUGAGGUUCUAUCUGGAUAUGUGAAUGCGGUUUUCCUGGUUCUUGUUGGAGCAUUAAUAGUUUUAGAGUCUUUCGAGAGGAUAUUGGACCCUCAGGAGAUAUCAACCAACAGCUUGUUAGUUGUUUCUGUUGGAGGCCUUGUGGUUAAUGUUGUUGGUUUAAUCUUCUUUCAUGAGGAGCACCAUCACGCUCAUGGUGGUGGGUCUGGAGGUUGCUCACAUUCUCAUGGGCAUUCACACUCACAUUCUCACUCCGAUCAUCAUCACCAUUCACAUGAUCAUGGGGUUCAUGAAAACCAUCAGGAGUCCAUAUCCAUUUCACAUAGCUCUCCUGAGACAUCAUUGACCCAUCAACACAGUGGUAGCAGCUGCAUCCAUGAUCAUGUUCACCAUCAUGAUAAUCAUGACAACCAUGACAGCUCCCAUUGCCACGAGCACAACCAUGAUCACACUCAUCACCACCAUGAAUCCUAUGACCAUCAUCACCAUCCCGAGUCUUCUGUGCAGGAGCCAGAAAAGCACCACGAUCAUCACCAUGUUGACCACAAUAUGGAGGGGAUUUUUCUGCAUGUGCUGGCAGAUACCAUGGGAAGCGUUGGCGUGGUCAUAUCGACGCUCCUUAUCAAGUACAAAGGGUGGCUUGUUGCUGAUCCAGCAAGCUCAAUUUUCAUUUCAGCUUUGAUCAUAUCGUCGGUAAUUCCAUUGCUGAGAAACUCUGCAGAGAUCUUGCUCCAGAGAGUUCCAAGAGCGCAAGAGAAGCGUUUGAAGGGAGCUCUGGACGACGUCAGAAGGAUCAAGGGGGUACGUGGCAUUCAGACCUUCCACAUUUGGAGUUUUACUAACACAGACGUUGUUGGGACGCUUCACCUCCAUGUUUCAGAGGACACCGAUAGGACUUCCUUGAAGAGACGGGUUUUGCAAAGGUUCAAGGAUUUUGGGGUCAAGGAUCUGACUAUCCAGGUUGAGUGCAUUAAGUAAUUGUUUGAACUUUGAAAACCAGAGGUUAACUUAUUCACAAAUUUUCAAGGAGUAGUGGAAGUGAAUGUCAGUGUCGGUGGAGUUGUUUCUCGACACAAGAUGAGAGCAGAUUCCUCGCUGGUUCGGGUGUAAUCCAUCCAAAUCAACAUUCUCUAUCUGGAUUAUGGUACCCGAGCUUCUUCCCUCCUCGAUAGACAGACGACUUGUGUUUAAACUAGGCUGGGAUACCUUGUACUUGUAGUUGUAGGAACAUUUUCAGAAAGACACCAGCUGAGUAUACCCUAAUAACUGGUUUUGGGAUACAUUUCCUUGCCAUUGAAUGUAUAUUAUUUCAUAGGUAAUGCCCACAAACUUUUGUUUUACUUGGUUUACUAUAGCACAGUUUGAGCUUGAAGGAUGGAUGAAUGAAUUCACUACAUUCAUAUUUCAGUACUUAAAGUUCGGAUGGAUGAAUAACCUACAAAAUUUUCGGUACUUAAUGUUCUUGGAUUAGCCUCUAUAGUGCGUUUCUGGUGGGAAGCCAUUAGUCAUCCAAUGCAUUUGCAAUUACUUUACGGGAAUGAACAUUUACAUUAACG